AUGACUACAAAAUCAGCAGUUUGCAUGCUAGUGUGCUUUCUUCAACUGCACAUUAUAAAUGGGCAGGUAAUAUGUGAGAGGCAAAUGAUUGCUGAAUGGAGAGUGGAACCAAAAUCUAGUGUAAUAAAAUGGACACCAAGGGAAAACAUCUGUUCAGACUUUUACACUGAAUGCUGGAAUAUGAAAAAAAGUAUUACUGGGGAAAUCUCAGAAGAACAGUAUCUCAGUAUCCCUCAGAUAUGUCCCUUACAGCUUCAAUUAGGUGAUAGUCUCUUCAUCUCCUCUGAGCCAUCCUUUCAGUCCUAUGGAAUGAAUUUGGUAAAUGUCUCCAAGGAAGAAUUUAUUAACUGCCCUAAAGCUGGUUUUCUUCAAGAGCACUUGAUUUUUGUUUGCCAGAUAAGAGGACUGCAUAAAGUUGACCCUAACUGGCUUGGUGUUGGAACUCAUUACUUUGCAGAGCUUCAUAAAGGAGGUCCACUUUUGUGCAACAUGGGCCUUCGUCUGAACAUAACUGUGAAACAGCAGUUUUGCCAACAGUCUCCAAAUGCACCAUUAUGCUCUGGGCAUGGAAGGUGUCUAAGCCAUGUUUGGGAAAAAGCAUAUAAUUGCCACUGUUUCUCACAGUAUUCUGGAAGAUUCUGCCAGAAGUUUGAUAUGUGCUCCACUAAACCUUGCCACAACAAUGCCUCUUGCACUGAGAAAUCAGAACUUUCUGGAGAUUCUUAUGAAUGCACGUGUCCUCCACAAUUUUCAGGAAAAAAUUGUACAGAAUUAGUUGGACAGUGCCAGCCACAUACAUGUUUCAAUGGUAACUGCAGCAACAUUACUCCAAACACUUUUCUUUGUGAAUGUGACAAGGGCUUUACAGGUCCACUUUGUGAGGAACUUGGAGAUCCUUGUGCAUCUCAGCCAUGCCUCAAUGGAGGCAUAUGCCAAUAUAAUCAGUCUGGACAUGUCUGUGAUUGUCCUGCUGGUUUUCUUGGUCACUAUUGUGAAAUUGAUAUCAAUGAAUGUUCUUCAAUGCCAUGUCAGAACAGAGGUUCAUGUAUCGAUUUGCCAAAUGACGUGGCAUGUAUCUGCCUGCCAAUAUUCACUGGCAAGUUCUGUGAGAGAAUUCUGAAUCCAUGUGAGUGGUUGCCUUGCCUAAAUAAUGCAACUUGUGUAGCUCAACAGCAGAACUAUAACUGUCGUUGCAUGCCAGGAUUCACUGGAAAGAACUGUGAGGAAGUAAUCGACUACUGCAGCCUGCUCAGCGUCAACUGUCUGAAUGAGGGAUUGUGUCUUAAUAUAAUUGGAGGAUUCACUUGUCUUUGUGCACCAGGAUGGACAGGAGAAUUUUGCCAAUUUGCUGAAAAUGCAUGCUUAAUUAACCCAAAUAGUUGUUCUCAUGGAGCGACUUGCAUCGAUACAAGCCAACUGAAAGAGCAACCUUUGAUUCAAUGUUUGUGUCCUCCUGAUUUCACAGGAGAAUUCUGCGAGGUACAAAUUGAUAACUGUGGUUCCAAUUCAUGUGAAAAUGGAGGAACAUGUGUUGACUAUGAAGGUCAUUUUAAGUGCACUUGCCCAAUAGGUUUUGAAGGUGAAAGAUGUGAACUGGAUAUUGAUGCCUGCCUAUUCUGCAAUAUAAGCUGUGCCCCAGGAGCACUGUGUAUGGAUAAAUCUCAUGGAUUUAAUUACACGUGUUUAUCACCAUGUAUUGGCAAAACAGAGAUUUGUGCAAAUGGAGGAAACUGCUUCUAUGAUGAAGAAAACCAGAGACCUCACUGUGUCUGUGCUGUUGGAUGGACAGGACAAACAUGCUUGGAGAAUAUUAAUGACUGUGAGGUAAACCUGUGCCAACAUGGAGCAACAUGUGAAGACGAAAUCAAUAAAUACAGGUGCAUAUGUCCCCUUGGUUACACUGGCGUAUUUUGUGAAGUUGAUAUAGACAAUUGCAUUGGAAACCGGUGCUCUGUAUAUGGUUUUUGCCAGGACCAUUUGCAUAACUACAGCUGUAACUGUUUGCCUGGAUAUGAAGGACGUUUUUGUGAAGCUGAAAUUAAUGAAUGCUCAAGUUCACCUUGCAAAAAUGGAGCUACCUGCAUGGAUUUAAUUGGCCACUUUUUAUGUCAUUGUGCUGCUGGGUUCAAAGGUUUUUCAGGUCAGCACUGUGAAAUAGAAAUGAAUGAGUGUGAUUCAGCUCCCUGCUUGAAUGGUGCGGUCUGUCAGAAUGAUGUCAACAGCUAUGAUUGUUUUUGCCCUGAAGGAUUUGAAGGUCUGAACUGUGAAAUCAACUUUGAUGAGUGCACCUACGGGUUCUGCAAAAGCAAUUCAACUUGUUUAGACCUGAUUGCAGACUACAGCUGUGUUUGUCCUCCAGGAUUCACUGACAAAAACUGUUCCACGGCUAUUGAUGAAUGUUCCUUCAAGCCCUGCAAAAAUGGAGGCCAUUGCCAUGAUUUGACUGGUGAAUUUUACUGUAGCUGUUUGCCAGGUUUUACUGGUCGGUUUUGUGAAGCAGAUGUUGCUGCUUGCCUGUCACAGCCAUGUGCGGCCCCCAGCAUCUGUAAAGACACAUUGGGUGGCUAUCUUUGUUUCUGUGCACCUGGUUUUAUAGGUAAUAACUGUGAGAUUGAGGUGGAUGAGUGUCUUAGUGACCCUUGUCACAAUGGAGCUACUUGUGUUGAUCAUCUGAAUGCCUUCAGUUGUGUCUGUCAGGACGGAUUUCAAGGUAUUAAAAAAUCCAUAGAACAGUAA